UCGUUUGCGUCAGCAUUUCGAUUUUGUGCCAAGUUUCGUAGUGUGAAUUUUCUAGUUUGUGUUUACUAGUUAUAAACGGUAUUCAUAGUCUGAGAUAUUCUGGUUUUUACAUAUUUUUCCUAUUUGAUAUUUGUACAGUCGUGGAAAGUGUUCAAUAAUUAUGCGAUAACACAGUAUUCAACAAAAAUAGCGUACUAUCAGUGCUAAAAUACAAAAUUAACCAUUUUGUUUUGUGAUCAUUCAAUAUAUCCCAGAAAACAUAUCGGUAUUCAAAUAGGAUAAACAAUUGGAGGACAUCAUCGGAUUCGAUAGAAAUAUCAGAAUAUAACUCAGUACUCUGAAGUUGCCAUGCAGCGUUGGUGGUUUCUGGAAGAAAAGGAUGGCUCUGCGAGUAACGCAACAUCUGUCGUUAAAAAGUCCAAACCACUGAAACCACCCGGCGAUCGAAAGCAAACAUUUCGAGUGCUGGUGAUUGAUGAGUUACUGAAGGAUGAAACAAUUGCAGUUACUGGGAAUUGUGAAGCGUUGGGAAACUGGGAACCAGAACAUUGUGUACAAAUGCAACGUGAGCAAGAUAGCAACAACGUUUGGUGGUUGGAGAUUUAUCUACCUCAGAACCUUACUAUCUCCUAUCGUUAUUUGAUCUGUUCAAUCGAUCCCAGCAGUGAGAAUGUACAUGUACGUCGCUUCGAAACACACAUCACUCCACGGACCCUUCCUAUGGAUGGUCCUAUUAGCACGAGUGAACAAGGUACGAAAUUCGAUACAUUGGGAGAUAUUGAUGGAUUGAUCAAACUAGAUAAAGGGUGGCUUACAACAGAAACGAUAAUACAGUUUAAAUUUUUUGAUAAUCCGUUUUUGGUGAAAGAACGCAUAAAAAAUCGAUUGUUGCAUGUAAAGAUUACACCAAUGAACCUGCGCAUAAAUGCCGAAUCCCAAAAUGUGACAAGUUCCUUUGAGGAAUCGCUGUCGAAUGAUACACGAGAAAAUGGAACCGAUCAUCAAGCAUAUGCCUUUACAGAAGUACUUUCAUUACGAAAUCAGAACGUUACAUUUGAACAGCAAUCCCAGUUUGGAUGCCCUUAUUAUCCAGACGAUUUUAUUGUUUUUAACGUGACUGUUGGCGAACCAGAGAAUGUUGCCUAUCUAGUGGAUCUUUAUGCUUACAGUUCUCGGUUUAAAGAGAACGAACCACCGUAUCACCUGGGCUAUCACUACAUUUUGCCAAAUUUUCUUAAGAAAUCUGAAGGAACUUUAGAACUUCCAGUAACAUGUGCGAGCAAACAUCGACCUUUAGGUAUGAUGCGCAUUGACUACUUAAAGGUAACUCCAUUACUGCCAUCCAAAUGCAACUUGGAAAGAUCGUUCGUUCGCUAUUGGGAUAAACAGUGGACAGGAUUGGAUGUUGGUCAUCGUGGCUCUGGCACUAGUUUUAAAACCAGUGAAGGCAAUGUGAUUCGCGAAAAUACAAUAGCUUCUUUGAAGAAAGCCGUUGCGCAUGGUGCUGAUAUGGUUGAAUUCGAUGUGCAGCUUAGCAAAGAUCUAGUACCUGUUAUCUAUCACGAUUUCGAUAUUUAUGUAUCUCUUAAACGAAAAACCAAUCUAGAGACAAACGAUAUGCUAGAGCUGCCCAUGCACGAAUUGACGCUAGAACAAUUGAAGAAUUUGAAGGUGUACCAUGUCGUUGAGGGUAGAAAUCGAGAAGCAAAAUUUUUCGAUGAGGAUCUUGAUGAACACCAGCCAUUUCCACAACUAGCCGACGUGCUGGAAGUAAUCGAUCCUAACUGUGGUUUCAAUAUUGAAAUUAAGUGGUCUCAAAGACUGAAAGACGGCAGGAUGGAAUCAGAAUUACAUUUUGAUCCGAACUUAUACGUUGAUUGUAUUUUGAAAGUCGUUCUAGAGAAGGCUGGCAGUCGUCGGAUUGUGUUCUCCUGUUUCGACGCUGAUAUUUGCACAAUGCUGCGUUUCAAACAGAAUCUUUAUCCAGUGAUGUUCCUUACACUAGGCGUGACCAGUAAAUAUCCAAGCUACCACGAUCCGCGUUGUAACUCUAUUGAGAUGGCAGUAAAAAAUGCAUGUGCUACCGAAUUGCUGGGCAUCGUGGCACACACCGAAGAUCUACUGCGAGAUCAAACUCAGGUGAAUCUAGCAACAGAGAAAGGAUUGAUUGUUUUCUGUUGGGGUGACGAUAACAAUUGUAAAGAUACAAUAAAACAUUUGAAAAGCCUUGGUAUCCAUGCCAUUAUCUACGACAAGAUGGACAUUUAUUCUGAUAAAGCUGUCAAGGAAAGUGUAUUUUUAGUGGGCGCUCGCGAAUCACAAGCAGCAGUUUUGCAGCAGAUCGACAUAGAAAAUCGUUUUGAUCAAACUAACCAUCACGAGUUUCUUGGUCAAAACUCGACCUUAGCAAAAGGUAAUUGUAAUGAUGCAGCUUGCUCGUCAACAGCGAAUUUAACAACGAAUAACGGUGAAGUAGGUAAAGAAUUACGAUUGGAAUGAGAUAACAUAGUUAUCCUUAAAGAGAUUACAUUAUUUUCAAAUGUUCAAGUAGACCUAAAUGACAAUAUCUAGUGGAUUUUAGUUAAGCUUGCCACUGUGGUUCCAAUGACUAGUUCAGUUCAUUUGAUGAGGCCUAGAAUUCUGGACGGAACUAAAGACACGUAGUUUUUGUAUAUUUCAGAAAUUGAUCUAAAGUACGAUAACUCCAUAAGAUUCGCGUAAUUAUACUAUUUUAUAUGAUGAAAUUCGUUACUGUUAAAUAUCCUACCAUUGAAAUGCCUAUU